ACAGACAACGUCUAAAGUGCCAGGGUAAAUUCUCACGUGGGAGAAAAAAUUUCAUAAUACUAUAUUACACUUCGAAACUAGUUAGAGUUUAAAAUUUAGUUUGAAAAUAAAAAGAAAAUUGCACGAAAAUGAGCCACGAUUCUGAGGAUGAGUCGUCUUAUCCUGCAUAUUCCAAUCCUUUAUGGAAGUUUUCUAAAAACACUCAACAUCGCUCGCAAGAUAUUCCAAACAACUGCUGGAAAGGUUUUUCCGUAAAGAAUAACUUACCCCAAAGCAAAGAGUAUAAUAAAAACUAUACACCCUGGUCGGGACAUUUCCGAUCAAAGCAAAGAUAUACAUAUGGUUCAAAAGAAAAUCAUAAGAAAUUUACUCAUAGAUGUGAAAGCUGCGAUCGGGGAUUUCCAUCAGAAGAAAUAUUACAAAAACAUUUAUCUGAACACGAAAAAUGUCCGGAAUGCAACUAUAGCGCUUCAUCUGGUCUCAUAAAUUUGCAUUAUAAACAUCAUCAUAUGACAGGACUGGCUAAUAAAAUUUGGAAAAAAGAAUCAAAAGAAGACAUUGAAAAAUGGAUAAUGGAGAGAAAAAAGAAAUAUCCGACUAUUAAGAAAAUAGAAGAGCAAAAAAGCACCAAACCAGCUAAGAAUGUAUUAGAAAAAUCCCAAAUAGGCUUUAAAAAGACUAAUAAGAAAAGAAAAAGAAAACCUAGAAAACAAAAAGAGAAAAAUGAUUUAGAGAAAAAAGAAAUCAUAAAAUCAGAUGAUCCUUUGUCUAAACUUCAAAUUAGUGAAUCAGAAGAUGGUGAGCAAGUAGAGAAAAUUGAAACAGAUAGAUCUGCCUCUGUAAAUACAUCAAGUGCACUAUCAGCGUUGCAGUCAAUGUAUUCGUCGGACGAUGAAGAAGAAGUAAAUAAAGAUAAGGAUACAGACUGUCCAGCAAAGAAAUCGCGUGUGUUCACUAAACCUAAAAAUAUUAAAAAGAAACUUACCAAACCAAAAAAGAAUUUAACCGCACCAAAGACAAGGAUGUUAAGGAAACGUCUUACACCUGCACAGACUUCUUUAAGAAUGAAACGACCUAGUUUACUUACAAUGGUAGCGUUUUUUUGA